CUAACGCAUUCGUGGAGGUCAUAGCUCCACCACACGUGGCGUGAGGAAAGAGAAACUCCGAAUCCACAGAGCUAAUUGGUGGGGAGCAGUGGUGGUGCUCUCCUCUUCUCCUCCUCCUUCUUCAUCCAUCGUCCCUCUCGUUAUAUCUCUCUCGGCAUACCCUAAUCUUCAAUCCCUAAAGGUGUGAUUGUGACGUUAUGGCCAAAGCUACAAGGACACGACGCAGGGUUCACUCCCGACGGAUCAGAGCAAGGCCUUACAAAUUCCAAUCUUCUAAUCGUCUCGUCACAAGGAACGUGUUUCCAAAAGAUUGUUCCAAGUGUAUAGAGAAGAGGGACAACUGGGAGAAUGUUAUCUGCUCGGUUUGCAUGGAGUGUCCUCACAACGCUGUUCUUCUCCUCUGCUCAUCUCAUGACAAGGGUUGUCGUCCUUACAUGUGUGGCACCAGUUUCCGCUACUCCAACUGCUUAGAUCAGUACAAGAAAGCGUCAGCUAAGCUAAAGGCAGCAGCAGCGAGUCGUCCACCGAGCAAUAAGUCCGAGCUUGGGAAUCUCACGUGCCCACUUUGUAGAGGCCAGGUGAAAGGCUGGACGAUCGUGCAGCCUGCGCGUGACUAUUUGAAUCUCAAGAAGAGGACCUGUAUGCAGGAGAACUGUGUCUUUGCUGGAAACUUCAAAGAGCUGAGGAAACACAUGAAAGUGGACCAUCCUUGUGCGAGGCCGCGUGAAGUUGAUCCUGAAGUGGAGCAGAAUUGGAGAAGGCUUGAGAUUGAGCAUGACCAGAAUGAUGUUAUGAGCACGAUUAGGUCGUUAAUACCUGGUGCAACGGUGCUUGGGGAUUACGUUAUAGAAAGGAACAACAACAACAACGACGGCAACGGUUCUGACUCAGACGAGGGUGGUGAUCAUUACAACGGUUCAGGGAUGGAUGCUGGGUUUGGUAGAAAUUUUUUGAAUGUUAUCCUUAUGAUGCAUGCUGUUGAGGCGUCAAGGAAUCAGACAAGACGCUCUGAUUCAGAUUCGAAUGGAACAAAUGAGAUGACUUUCUCUGGAGAGGAAGAGGAAGAUAGGCAGAGUACCUCUCUGGCAAGUCGAAUGAGGAGACAAGGACGGGUUCUACUAGGACGAUCAGGUAGGAGACGUAGAGCUAGAGAAGCUAACCAGAGACCAGGUCCUCCUAGAUGAGAGAGAGAGAUCACAAGCUCAAAAACAAAACCCUUCUGUCUGAUUUUGAGUUUCAGGUAAGUUUUAUGGUAAUGGUUUAGAAUACAAGUGACCUGUUUUACUGCUUUCACCAUUGGAGAAUUUGGGGAUUUGACUCAGAUUUGCUCCUGAUUGUCAAAGAAGCAGGUCUGUGUUUUAAUGUAUCCUGAUGUAACUUUUCUUUGUCAAAAUUUACAUAUGUGAAUAAGCAUGGUGAUUAGUAGUGAUGCUCACUAUUUCAACAAUGAUGAACAAAUUGGUUACUCGUUUUGUUUAUAAAUUUCGUGUUCCCUUAA